AAACGCAUAACAAAAACAGUAUUAUAUAAUUUUUUUUUUUACUGCUUAUGGUCAGUAAGAUUGAUAUAGUUUUGAAAGAAAUUGAUUUUAUUCAGCAAGGAUGCAUUACAUGAAUCAAAAGUGAUGCAUUUAUAAUGUUAAAAGAUUUCUAAUUCUAAGAAAUGCUGUUCUUUUGAACUUUCUAUUCAUCAAAGAAUGUUAUAAUAAUACCCACUACAUAGUCUACAUCACAACGGUAGUAUGAACUACAUCCAGUGUGCCCUACACGUAGGCCUAAUAUGUACUAUAAAUCUAGUAAAAUACAAACUUAGUAUGCAUUACAUCUAGAGUGAACAUUGCAAUAUAUAGCUAGAUAUAGGCCUAUGUUUAUAACGUAACUGAGGUUAUGCACACUAUGUAGUAUGCAGUUUAGCAAGAGGACUAAAUGUGUAUAAGAUCACUAAUUAAUAUUGUUUUGCAUUUGUAUUCUCAUAGUCUUUACACAGUUCUAGCAAAGUUUUUUUCUUUAUUUUGAUGUACCUUUGUAACACUAUAUUUCAUGUAUUAUAACCUUAGCAUUACUUUUCAGAAAACUAGUUAACGCUGCUGUGUGGGUAUAUCUAACAGCUGAGCGAGUGAUGGCAAGUUUGACAUCUUUUCCUAAUCUAUCAUUUUUUUCCUCUUAUGGAAACUCAGAAAUGCUACUUUUUUUUUUUUUUUUUGGAUCGCAUUCACCACUUCAGAACCCAACUAUAUUGACAUCUGCUUUUAAGAAUACUGGAAACGUGAAGGUCCAUUGCUAUUCUUUUACUGGCCAAGAUUUUUGAUGCACAACCUACCAGCAAAGAAAAUCUCUGAGUGAAUGUCAGAACUAUCAGUCUUCCACAUGAUUUGACUGCAGGUCGUCUCAUGGGUUAUCUAACCAGCAUCUCUGAGCUCAUGGAGAGAUACAAUCACCACAUGACCGAGCCCACAGUAUGACCCCUGGGCCUAAAGACGUUUGUCAAAUCCACAGACCGUCUUAAUCCUGUUGAUGGAUUAGAGUGUUGUUCUGAUCCUGUGCCGGUGAGACGAGCCGACGUAGGUUCAUUCAUUCAACCAAUCAGAGGAUGAGCAGCAGUCGGUUAAUGCCGCUGUGUACGUGUACUUGUGUGAGUUCUGCCUCAAACUCUCAUCCAUUCAAGCUCAGCAGACCAGAGAGGAGGACAACACUUGGACAGUCAUCCUGAACCUUGCAAAACACAUUUCAUCCACAUACCAAUUCAAUCAUCUUCCAGCAUGUUCUCCCAAUAUAAAAUCUUGUCGUUGAUGAACUGCCUGUUACUCCUGACGGUGAUAUUUCCUGUGGUCCAGUCGCGUCGGGGCGGGGGCUUCGGGCGCGGAGGAGGCCGAGGUGGAGGAUGGGGUGGCAGCAGCUCCGGUCGCACGGGUUGGGGAGGAGGUGGUGGACAUUACCAUGCCCCACCAGCCCACACCGGAGGCUCCUCGGGACACAGCACUGGGAAGGUAGCAGGGGCGGCCGCCGCCGGAGCUCUAGGGGGAAUGCUGGUCGGACACGGCUUGAGCUCCUUGGCCCGACCUGGAUAUGGGUACGGGCACGGGUAUGGAGGAUACGGAGGCUAUGGUGCGGGAUAUGGGCAUGGCCAUGGGUACGGCCACGGUCACGGACACGGACAUGGACACGGGCAUGGACACGAAGGACAUGAAGGACACAAUGAGACAGAUUUGGAUUAUUACACAGAUGCUGCCAGUUCUGGACCCAUUUAUAGCUGUGUGACAGUCUUUGGACUCGUGAUGUCAUUCUUAUUUGGGUACUUUCUGUCAUAAGGGCCACUUAUGGGUCACUUGGCAUGGGUCAUGGCUUCUUGCAUCUGUCACUUCUUUCAAUACAAAAAUAAUCUAACAAAAUAAAAAUAUGGGACAUGGACUAAAUGCAAUUAAACAGCACUCUGUGCAUGAUCUUUG